AUGGCUUGUCAAGUCAGUAGCACUCCGGAUGUACAUUUAUUAUCAAUAAUAAACGAUAAUCAAGAUGAUCAUGAAUGCUGUAUUUGUUUAUACGAUAAAAAUUUAACUAUUGUAUUUGAUUGUAAUCAUCAUGUAUGUCUUCCAUGUUUUAAACAAUAUGGCAUAACAAAACUUAAUAGUCGUCAAUUUAAAUAUGAUCCAAAUAUUGGAUACAGUCUUGGAUGUCCAUAUGGUUGUCCAAAUACACUUCUUCGUGAAUUGCAUAUUUUUCGUUUAAUGGAUAAAUCAAAUUAUGAACGAUAUAAAACAUUUGGCGCUGAAGAAUAUGUAUUUUAUCAUCAAGGAGUUAUUUGUCCAACUCCAUCUUGUGGUUGUGGACUUAUACUUGAUGAAAGUAAUUUAAAAAUACUUUGUCCAUUACCUAUUGGUUGUGGGAAAACAUUUUGUCGAAGUUGUAAAACACUAUGGAAAGAUGACACGAUUCGCAUUUGUCCAUGUCAAGACGAUAGACAAAAUGAUAAUCAAGCAUAUUCAUUUUGGAAUCAAUUAUUUGGUCGUCGACGUGAAUCAUCACUAAGUACUUUCAAAAAAUGCCCUAGAUGUUCUGUAAAUACUGAAAAAGAUGGUGGUUGUAAUGCAAUGUCUUGUACGCUUUGUGGCCUGACAUGGUGUUGGAUUUGUGAAAUGGAAUUUCGUACUGAUUGUAUUCAAUCUCAUUGGUUUUAA